AUGUAUCUUUCGUAUCACCUUAUGCUGCUGGCAGCAUCGCAAAGCGCAUGCGCUAUACCCAUAUAUACGGGUAAUCCGCUCUCCAUCGCUUUGCGCUGGUAUCAAGAGGGACGUCCUGUCUCGCUCAUCCAUAAGAGGAAUCCGAAUCCCCUUACUAUCACCUUCGAGGAUUCGAGUGGCAAGCCGUUUGCGACUGUUGACCAAACUGCAACACCUGCUCAACAAACAGUUGUUACAACUACGACGACUAUAGCAUUUUCCUCCGCAGCAGCAAAUGGCACCUCUUCAGACACUACUUCUGUAGAGGCAACUUCUGUAUCAAGUCAGGCAUCUAGUAACGGAAUUGCCGCUUCUCUAGCUGUCAGCUCAAAUGUUGGAGGCAUGGUCGGCUCGGUACCAGCGGUUGGAAACAAUCCUGGAUCGUCACCGUCUCCAACACAGUCACCAGAAAUAACCUCAUCGGGAGCCCAGAGCCUAAUUUCCACGGCUACCUCGAAUCAAGGCCCAUUCUCCUCGUCUUUACCAGCUGCUAGCGACAAUUCGGGUGCUUCGCAAGAUGUGACUACGUUGUUUACCACAAGGUUGGUCACUAUUACCGUCCCGAGGAUCUUGAGUACUACUAGUGCAGCAUCUUCAGCAUCACAAGCUCCAACAAUAGUGGUUCCUCAAAUCUCUUCAUCAGCUUUUGCCGCCAUAUCAAAUGCCCCCGACGUACUUCAGCAGCCAUCACCAGCAACGACAUCGAAUUCUGGUCCAAGUAAUGGAGACACAUUUCCCCUCGUGACUCCAACCAGUUCCACUGCACAAGCCCGCUCAUCAUCUACGCAACAAACUUUUUCUUCAAUAGGGUCACAGGUCCCAAAUUCACGAGUGUCAUCAACGUUGACCUUUGUUAUCGGCAGCGCAUCUGCCGCGUCAUCGUUGUCGACGGCACCAGAUUCAGCAUCGGCAACGGACUCAGAAUCUGGGAUACCUGUACCGACAGUGUUCACGAUAACUCCUCCCGCAAUCGUCACCACUAUAACCAUUGCGCCGCCAAAUGCAACAAAGGUUUCUAUUCCACCGGCUGCUGCAUCUAACCUAUCAUCAGCCUCAGCAUCUGCAUCGGAAACGAAAAGCACGAGUCCAUCUGGUCUUGACAUCGUGCCAAUUGGCUCUGCAUCCGUUGUACAAUCGACAGUGGGAGCUACAAACACUGACAGCAACGCUAUUACUGUAACAACCACCGUAUAUAAGCAUCAUAGAACUUUCACGGUCAUGGGGCACACAACGACGGUGACAAAAAGUUUAUGAAAUAUUGACCCACGUGUGAAAAAGAAAGUCCUCAUUGAGCUCUCCUUUUGCAGCCCGGAAUAUUUGUAUACAUUGGGGUCAGGAAUGAGCUGAAGCUUAACAG